UGCAACUGAAAUCUUCUCUUAAAGAAGAGCUGUCUCUCCAUCUUGCAUGUUUCCAAGAAUGGGGCAUCUACCACCUUCGAUGAUCUGGUGCACUGCCAGGGUGGAUCUGGCUUAAUCUUCAUUCACCCAUUCUGUAUCUGAGAAUACUCCCUGCCUUGGUGCAGCAGUCCCAGAAGUCAUCAGCCCACAGGACAGUGCCCCAUGAGCUGCUGAACACCGGGUCUGUCACCUUCUCCUGGUUCCCAGACAACUGGGUCCUGCCGAAGAAGGCCCAGGAGGUUCUGGAACUCCACCUUAUAAAGAAGAAGCUGCACCAUGAAGGGCACUUGCCUGCAAAGUCACCACGCUCAGUUCCUGGACAGCACCAUCCAGAAGCAGACGGCCAGCUCCGCCGUGCUCCCUGGCCCUGCAGUGGGGAACCUGAGGUAGAGGAGGACCCUCAUCUCCCCUUGCGCCAAUCUGCCUCUACCCUUGUCCUCUCCCAGGUCAGCCCCAAGAGCAUGGGGGGCAGGACUGAGGAUGGGGCUGUCAGAGAGGCAGCUGCUGGGCACCAGGACAGCAGCCGGACACAGGGGGUCCUCCAAGAAGGCGUCCCUGACUCACGGGCAACUGGAGAGGCGCCGGGCAAGAAGCCCUCUGCUGCUGGCUGGCACAGGGAGCCAGCAGAGCUCGGUUGCCCUCCUGGUACAGCGUGCAGGAAGAGCCUGGACACCCACAGCAGGAUGAGGGUUUCACACCUGGCCAGUAAAGUGAUCACCUUCCUCAUAGAAUUUACCCUGCGCCCUGCACUCCUAAAGUGGGCAGUCUACAGGAUCCUGGCUUCUAUUGUCCCUGUCCAGAGCCUCAGGACAGCAAACACAAGGCCUUAGCAAGGAUCAAUGGAUGAAGGACAGGGACAGGAAGCCACGAGGCACAGAGGAGAAGACCUUGUUGAAAUGGCAGCUGAGUACACCCAUCCAAGCCAUGAGCUGAAAUUGAGCUUCACCAGGCAUGAAAUUACUGAGGAGGUUAUUCAGCUACAAAGAAACUUUUUUUUUUUUUUUUUUUAAAUUAAUAAAUGUAACAAUGGAAAACAAUCCACUAGCACUUGCUGGUAAUGGACCGUUCUGCAAAACUGCUGCAAUGGGUGCAGGAAGCUGCCAGCCUUUGUCUAUUCGUGAAGGAAUCUCCGCAUUAGUUGCCAGCUCCAUGUUAAGCUACAAGCCCUCACACAUCUCCAGACGUGGCUGUGAUGGAUCAUCAGGCAAAGUGAGGCUAGAGACAAAUUCCUUUGCCAGGAGUGCCCCCAGUCCAGAGGGCUGUUGCAAGGGAUCCUUGGCUUCCAUCGUCUAUAUCCAGAGCCUCAGGAUACAAGGCCUCAGCAAGGAAUGGUGGGACAAAGACAGGUACAGGAAGACAUAGAGCAUGGAGGAGAGGACUGUGUUGAACUGGUGGCUGAGUAUAACCAUUCCGGCCACAAGCUGCCAGUUUCUCCAGGAGAAUGCUGUUGGAAACAGUGUCAAAGGUCUCCUGCUGCAGACGAAGGUGCCAGUGGCAGAAAGAGGCCCAGGAUCCAGGCAAGAAGAGGUGGGUGUCCGGCUGCAGGUCUCUGGGUCAGUUCCUGUGCUACGAGCUCAACUGUGUGCAGUGCGCAGAGGCCGCCAAGAAGAGGAGCUGGCAACUAUUUGCCCCGCAACGAAAACGCCGGAGCACCUUUGAGUGGAACUCGCCUUCCUCGUCAUGCUGCAGGCGCUGUGUGGGACGCCGUGUGCAGAUCAAACUCCUUCCCCAGAACAGGGGCCGGACUCACCAAGAGCCAGAGGCCCUGGAGCCGCUCAUUCUGGCCACAGCCCAGCCCAGCAUCAAGCUUCACAGCCAGGCUGAUGAGCUUGCGGGGCCAGGUCCCUUGGUGCUGGACAGAAAUAUUGGCCACCAGGCCAGCUCGCCCAUCACUCCAGUCUCACACCCAGCUGAUGAGGGUGGUGGCCACCCGCUUGGUGUUUCGGAUCCUCUUCCCAUGUUGACACUGGAACGGGGAAAAGAGUUCAUGAAGAGACUAGAGGGGCACAUGUGGAGGAAAUGCAAACAGAUCCAUCUCGGAACACUCCCUGCCUUGGUGCAGCAGUCCCAGAAGUCAUCAGCCCACAGGACAGUGCCCCAUGAGCUGCUGAACACCGGGUCUGUCACCUUCUCCUGGUUCCCAGACAACUGGGUCCUGCCGAAGAAGGCCCAGGAGGUUCUGGAACUCCACCUUAUAAAGAAGAAGCUGCACCAUGACGGGCGCUUGCCUGCAAAGUCACCACGCUCAGUUCCUGGACAGCACCAUUCAGAAGUAGACGGCCAGCUCCACCGUGCUCCCUGGCCCUGCAGUGGGGAACCUGAGGUAGAGGAGGACCCUCAUCUCCCCUUGCGCCAAUCUGCCUCUACCCUUGUCCUCUCCCAGGUCAGCCCCAAGAGCAUGGGGGGCAGGACUGAGGAUGGGGCUGUGAGAGAGGCAGCUGCUGGGCACCAGGACAGCAGCCGGACACAGGGGGUCCUCCAAGAAGGCGUCCCUGGCUCACGGUCAACUGGAGAGGCGCCGGGUAAGAAGCCCUCUGCUGCUGGCUGGCACAGGGAGCCAGCAGAGCUCGGUUGCCCUCCUUCCGAUUGUCAGGGUUUAAGGCAAGGCAGCAAUAAACCACGGCAGACACUCCCUGUUACCCAAAACCAGGACACCGGUACAGCAUGCAGGAAGAGCCUGGACACCCGCAGCAGGAUGAGGGUCUUGCACCAGGGCAGAAAAGCGAUCACCUUCCUCAUGGAUUUUGCCCCACGCCCUGUGCUCCUGAAGCGGGCAAUCUACAGGAUCCUUGGCUUGCAUCAUCUCUAUCCAGAGCCUCAUGAUACCACACACAAGGCCUCAGCAACGAUCGGUGGAGUGAGGACAGGAGGAGGACAAGCAUGGAAGAGAAGCCUCUGUUGAACUAGCGACUGCUCAAGUCAUGCUGGGAACAGGCAGCCUCUCUCAGUGUUUCGCCAAACUCACAAUAAAAAUGUGUUUUCUUGUGUUCA